AUCUGAGAAACACGAUACAUAGGUAAAAAGACAAACGUACCGAAACGUUACAAACUGAAGGCUGCUAUAUUGCCACGUUACCACAUUCAUUUUUCUCACUCCCUAGCCCCUUCUCUCCCAACCGGCGAAAACCCCAAGAAGACAACUCCCCAAAAAUUUCAUCUUUCUGCUUAAAUUGGGUUUUUUUACAAUCAAAUCCAGAAACCCAGAGAAGAAAAGAUGAUUGUUUUAGCUAGAAAGAAGAGCACGACCUGGAUGCGGCUUUGAAAAAGGUUGGAAUUUUGAAUAUUUGAUUUUGUGCUCUUGAUCUGUUUGUUUGAAUAACGAAUAGCCUGAGACUGACUUUUAUUCCCUCGGAAAACAUCAUUUAUAUCUUUAAUCAGAAGCCCCAGUUUCUGUUUCUGUUCAGCCAUCACGAAUUUACAAGCAUUAGUGUCUACAAUUUCUAAUUUGUUUGAAUUUAAGUGCGUUUCCAAGUUUCACAAUUGAAGUUCUCCCACUACUAAUUGUGCAGGGUGCGGAGCUAUAAACUAAGAUGGUUCAUUCUGCAAAACCCAAAUAGUUACAGACAAUCCUUACUUCAUAUGCAGUGAGCCUAUUUAACAAAAGCCAAUCAUUGGACAUGCUGUUUCCGAAGUGUUAGAUUCUGGAAACCCAAACUUCAAGCAAGGUGAUUAUGUGUGGGGGCUUGUUGGAUGGGAGCAGUACAGUCUCAUCGAAAACCCUCACCCUAUGGCCCUAACAAAGAUAGACUACACUGACGUACCUCUUUCCUAUUACACUGGAAUCCUUGGUAUGCCCGGAUUGACUGCUUAUAUUGGGUUCAAUGAGCUUACUUCUCCUAAAAAGGGAGAAUAUGUAUAUGUCUCGGCUGCAUCAGGUGCAGUUGGACAGCUUGUUGGCCAAUUUGCCAAGUUGAUGGGUUGUUAUGUUGUUGGGAGUGCGGGAUCCAAAGAAAAGGUUGAUUUGUUGAAGAACAAGUUUGGAUUUGAUGAUGCUUUCAACUAUAAAGAAGAGCAUGACUUUGCUGCAACAUUGAAAAGGUACUUCCCUAAGGGAAUCGAUAUCUACUUUGAGAAUGUGGGUGGAAUGAUGCUCGAAGCUGUCCUCCCGAAUAUGGCUCUCCAUGGUAGAAUCUCGGUUUGUGGAAUGAUUUCACAAUACAAUCUUGAGCAGCCUGACGGGGUUCACAACUUGUUUCUUCUUGUCGUGAAACGUGUUCGUAUGGAAGGGUUUCUUAUUUCAGAUUACCAACACCUUUACCCGAAGUUCUUGGAAAUGAUGAAGCAGUAUUUCAUGGGAGGAAAGUUAGUUUACGUUGAAGAUACAGUGGAAGGUCUUGAGAGUGCUCCUGCUGCAUUGGUAGGUCUUUUUAGUGGCCGCAACGUUGGGAAGCAGGUAGUCCGAGUUGCCCAUGAAUGAUUACUUUUUAUGUGAGAUGUAUUUUAUCGUUAGAAUGGAUUUUAGCUUGAGGUCAACCAAUAUGAAACGAAAUUCGCCUCAGUUGUCAAUACUACUUCUUUUCUUUCUUUCUUUCUUAUUUCUGCAUAA